UAGAUGAGGGUUGAUUCAUCGUGGGUGUUAAGGAGGCUGCAUGUGCUUCUUCCUCCCCCAUCACUCCUGCAUGAUGCUCCAUCUCACCUAGUGACUGGCUCCGUGGUCCCCUUGCACCCUGAUCCCUGAUAAACCCAGUAUUGCUCCCAGUGCCUGUGAGAACACACAGUGAGAAGCGUGAUGAGGUUGCUCAUACUGAUACACAAAUGAUGUAUUGCCAGACUUCAGCACUUGACUAGAAAAACUACCUUAGCAGGCCCAGAGGAUAACUAGUAAUUAUGCCGAUUAAAACUUCUCUAUCUCCUAAAGCUAUUUUUGUGAGGUCAUUAGUGGUGAUAGAUUUGUGAUGAGCAGUAACUUGUGCAGUAAGGCCAGGACUUAAUGAUAAAUUCCUAAUAAAUGUGAGUAGCAGAGUUUAGAUAGCCAACUCCCUCUUUGGUAGGUAACGUGACAGAGUUUUAACAAAAUUCUUCUGAGGUAGUGUUACCCUGUCCUAUGGCUUUCCACAUUGUAUAAGAAAUUUGACAAUUCUGGAGUGAUGUUUUAGGUACUGGGAAAUGCCCGUGUACUGAGGAGGCUAUGUUUCUGGUUGCUACAGAGCUGAGGAGCCAAAAGGGGGUGGGAGAAAAGUUAAGAGACAAGCGCAGGAGAGGCUGCAGUCUGGUGUUAAGAGGCUGUGUGCACCACCCUGGGGACAUGGAGUCUUGGCUAGUCCUUGCAUUUUGCAUCUUAUCUGUGGCUGCUCUGGGGAAGGUCCGUGAGAGGUGUGAGCUGGCAGCAGCUGUGAAGCAUCUUGGACCAAAUAACUUUCAGGGACGCAGCCUGGGACUCUGCAAGUCCAGGGGGCACAUGGGGUGGGAAUUUCCAUUUAACAAACUUUUGAGCAGGUAUUUGUGCAGCGAGAAGCUCCACGGGAGCAUGCUUGGCCACAGGAGCAAGGGUAAUCUUUCUUUAUUUUCUGUAUCAGAAUCGUGGAUCUUACAGACCAACAGCUGCUGGUGGUGCAGUGGUGGCAGGACCCCGAGGGCCAAGCACAUGUGCAAUAUCCCCUGCUCAGGUGAGCUGAGUUUCUACAGGUGGUGCUGUGAUGGGCUGCCCUCUCAUAUUCCUGUUGCAAAUAGAUUAGCACAGGUUGGUUACACCUCUAUCUUUAAAAUACAAAGCAGAACAACAUUCAAGCCCACCCUUCCCCCUUUCCGAAGGGAGAUCUGCAGGGCAGUUUUGUGCACAUGGGAGGAAAAGGCUUCUUUACAGCAGGAACCGCGUUCCCCUUUUUGUCCCUCUUAAUGUUUCUAGAGUAAAGAGGUUUCCAUAGAAGCUCUUUAUGAAUUAGAAGUUACACUAACCUCAGGAAAUUUAGUUUUUCCUUGAAGACGGUGAGAGCUUGACCAUUUGCAAAAGUCUGGCCUACGUGCCAGUCUUGCCAACUUGCUUUGUUUUAACAAGAAGAGCUGUAAUACUUCAGAGCUGAGCAGUACUAUCCUGUGAGAUCUAGUUCAUGUAAGGAACGGGGUAGAGAAUUCUUGCUUCCUGGGAGGGGGUUCGCAUGGUGUUCACUGUCGUCUUGUCCACCAGGAGCCCUGGCAACAUGCUUUGGG